AUGCUGAACAGCAUCACCGAUGGGCUCCUGUGCUGCCUGAUGGGCAAGACGACCAACGCCGUGGGGCCGCUGGACAGCGUUGAGUCCAGCAACGGCUACAGCUUCAUGGAGGUGAAGCCGGGGAGGAUCCUGCGGGUCAGGCACAGCACACCCAACCGCCCAGACCCGGAGGGACCCGAGGAGACCCAGCCCGGGGGGCUGGAACGGGGCACGGUGCACUGCAAGCGCAAGAUCACCGUCUACCGCAACGGGCAGCUGGUGAUCGAGAACCUGGGGUGUGGCACGCGGGAAGCGGCCGCCGCUCCCGGCAAGCGCCGGAAGCGCAAACCCAAGAAAGUCGUCAACAUCGACUGCAAGAAGCAGAUCACGAGCUGCAAAGGGACGCACAGCGACGUGGUCCUCUUCUUCAUCCACGGUGUGGGUGGCUCCCUGGACAUCUGGAAGGAGCAGCUGGACUUCUUUACCAAGCUGGGCUACGAAGUGGUGGCUCCCGACCUGGCCGGCCACG